CAGCGGAACGUGUUAAACAAAAGCUGCUCCGGCAGUACCCAAUUGCAGUAUAAUUGAUCAAAUAAUAUCCUAACCAUGGACGAUCGCACUAUAGACUCGAUAUUCUUGGGCUCCCUCAAGUCCCUGCCGCCGGUUAGCUCGAAAAUUGUGCGUAUUUUUACCAGCUCUACUUUUACGGAUACUACGAUGGAACGGAAUACACUGAUGGCCAAGUGCUAUCCAAGAAUCAAGGAUUACUGUCGUGAGAAGCAUGGACUCGAGUUUCAAGUGGUGGACAUGCGUUGGGGUGUUCGAGAUGAGGCCACCGACGAUCAUAUGACUACAGAGCUUUGCAUGCGGGAGAUCAAAAAUUGUCAACGCCUAUCGAUGGGACCCAAUUUUAUUGUGUUUUUGGGUCAAAAGUACGGCUAUCGGCCGAUACCCACCUACAUAGUCUCCUCGGAGCUGCAACUGAUAUGCGAGGAGUUGACCUCAAUGGGCGUGGAUCGUGCUCUCCUCGACUUAUGGUAUAAGAAGGAUAGCAAUGCCGUGCCGCCCAUUUCAGUUUUACAGCCCAUUUCAUCGAUUUUGAUUAAUUUCAAUAACAAGCGCGUGCCCAAGCUCCAGGCAGAGGAUCAAGCUGUCUGGUGGGAUACCCUGAACAAAAUGCAAAAGCUGCUGCGCAAGGCUGCCGCCUCACUGGGCGCUAGCAACAAGAUGUCUAAGGACGAUGUCCACAACUAUUUUAUGUCGGUCACGGAACGUGAGGUGAUCAAUGGGGUUCUGAAUGUGAAGAAUACCAAGAACCAUUGUCUGGCCUAUGUGCGCUACAUAAACAACAUUAAUCUGCAAAACUUGAAGAAGGCCUCGCUCUUUGUGGACAUUAUCAAUCGUAGCUUGGACACGGAGUCGGCGAAAUUGUUAGGUGACUUGAGGGACACGCGGCUACCCGCUAAAAUCGAGUCAAGCAAUGCGCAGAAAUAUACUGUGGAGUGGAUUGGCCGCGAGGGUCUGGACAUUGAGACGCAUGAGGAGUAUUUAAAUCAUUUCAUAUCGCACUUCUAUAAGAAUGUUGUUAAGCUCGUGGAUAGGGCCAUGCGCAAGGAAGACUCCAGUGCACAGGGGCAGAUAGUAACUGAGAUCCUUCAGCAUUUGCAUGCUUGUAACAAUUCGGUGAAAAUCUUUUACGGCCGCGAAGAAAGUUGCGAACGUAUCAAGCGCUAUAUGCUGGGGGAUUCAGAUAAGCCACUUGUCCUUUUUGGCGACGGAGGUUGUGGGAAAACUUCAUUGCUGGCCAAGAGCGCCUCCCUUGUAGCCAGCGAAUGGUUCGCCGACAAGCGACCCAUCAAUGUCAUACGCUUCCUAGGCACAACUCCGGAUUCGAGUGCCCUGACGGCCACACUCAUAUCAAUAUGCCAGCAGAUAUCGUACAACUAUAUGCUACCCUUUGAGAAUAUACCAGAUGAUCUUGUACCCCUAACAGCACAUUUUAAGCAAUUACUAACUUACGCUAGCCCCAAUCAGCCGUUAACUAUAUACUUAGAUUCAGUUGAUCAAUUGACUGGCACCCAAGAUUCAAACAAGGUAUCCUGGAUACCAACACGUUUGCCAGCCCACUGUAAGAUUAUCAUAUCGUGUGCGAAUGAGCCGGCAAAUCCGACUGUCUCCCAUGAGUACCAUGUGCUGUGCAAGAUGAUUGACGUGGAGGAGAACUUUAUAGAGGUGACUGCGCUGGGGGAGGACCUGGCCAUGAACGUCAUCAAAAUGUGGAUGAAGACCGCGUGUCGCGAUCUUAACAACUACCAGUGGCGUCUGGUGGCCAAUGCGAUUAGCAAAUGCUCCCUGCCCAUAUUCGUGAAGCUGGUUUUUGCCGAGAUAUGUCGAUGGCGCAGUUAUACGCGUCCGCAGGAGACCCAUUUGGCCAACACGGUGAUGGACUCAAUCAUGUUGCUCUUUGAGCGUGUGGAAAAGCAACAUGGUCGCAUCCUGGUCUUUCAUGCCCUCGCCUACAUAACCGCCUCCAAAUCGGGUCUAUCCGAAAGCGAGCUCGAGGACUUAAUCUCUCUAGAUGACAAGGUCUUGGACGAUGUCUACCAGUACCAUAUGCCUCCAGUGCGUCGCAUACCCCCGCUGCUAUGGACGCGCAUCCGAAACGAUUUGCCCAACUACUUGAGUGAACGGGAAGCGGAUGGCGUCAAUGUCAUGAACUGGUACCACAGACAAUUCAAGGAUACAGCCAAGGAGCGCUACUUCAAGAACAUGAAUAUGGCCAUAUACUUUCAUUCAAUGAUUGCAGAUUAUUAUUUGGGCAUUUGGGGUGGUGGCAUACCGAAACCCUUCAAAUUCACGGAGAUACAGAGACAUCGUUUUGGUUUAGCUGACAAGGAAGGGUCCGCAGAUCGCAAGGUGCCCAUACAACCGCUGGUCUUUACCAGUAAGGAUGGCCUCUCGAAGCGCUACAACUUGCGCAAGUUUGGUGAGCUGCCUUUUCAUUUUGUGCGCUCUAGAAGAUUCAAAGAUCUGUUUGAGCACGUGCUCUUCAACUAUGAAUGGCUGCAUGCCAAGCUCUCGAGCUGUCCUUUACAGGCGGUGCUGGCUGACUUCGAAGAUGCUUCAAGUAAUACAGAGGACAAGGAGUCGAAGCGUGAGCUGAUGCUGGUGGCGGAUGCUUUACGCUUGGGUGGUGCCAUUCUGGCCAUAUAUCCCAAUAUGCUGGCACCGCAGUUAAUUGGACGCCUGCUGCCUGAGAUCGGGGGUAAUCCUAAUAUCAAGAUGUUGCUACGAGCCUGUGAUCGUAGUGGACCCAAGGACUGUGCCUUAAUACCAGUCAACCAUUGUCUGCACACACCUGGCGGACCACUCAAGUACUCACUGGAAGGUCAUCAGUUUGCAGUAUUUGCUUUCUGUUUGACCAGCGAUAUGCGUUACAUGGUCUCCAUAUCCACGCACUUCAUCACCUUCGAUUUGUCCACAUCGGAUCUGACGCGAGACGUCAAUCCCGGCAUUGAAGGCAUUAUGCAGCAGCUGGUUCUGAGCCCGGACAACAAGUGGGCAGCUGCUUACUCCAACAACAAUCAAACGGUGCUGCUCAACAUGCUAUCCAGCGAGUUUGUGGUGAUCAAUAGUCCAUUUGAGGAUGACGACGGACCUGUUAGUGGCUUGUAUCUGCUAAAUCAGAAUUUGUUUAUCAUCUGCAAGCUGCGCUGGGCAAAAUUUGACAUGCGUGGCAAUUUGGUUGAAAUCUUCGAAGCGCCGGGACAGAAUACGGAUUGGGAGAUAUUGUCAAUGGAAUUCUUCAGUCCACUGGAUUAUAAUGUUGUUUUCUGGUCGGGCUCGAUCAAUGAAAUUCGUUUGCGUUUGGACUCGCAUCGCACAUCGAAUUGCUCCAAUUCAGUGCACUUCUUCAGCGCUUUGGUAAUGAACAAGGGACGCACUCGCGCCUAUGGGUGUGCCAAUAAGGAUAAUUUCGAAGUAUCCGUUUAUGACUUCAUUGAGAAUGAGGAAACAGGGGAGGUACACUGGGCUUUUGUCGAGCAUCUACCGCGCUAUGAGAACGACGAGAAGGAAAUGCUGCUGCAGCUGCGCUUGGAUCAACAUCAGCAGGAUCGCAUGUUGCUUGGCACCGCUGGCUUAGGCUUUGUCAUCUGGGAUUUUGGCAGAAAAGAGAAGGACUGUGAGAGAGCGCCCAUUUCCGAGGGCGCAAUGUAUCUGGCUCUUCCGCAUGGUGUUAGGAACAUCACGACUCGCAUCAUGCAAUCAAAUUCUAUAAUGGUCAGCUCCAAGCUGGACUAUGCGGUGGCCGGGGUGCGUAAGAAUCUCUAUGUCUGGUAUCUUCAGAGCGGUCAACUGGCCAAAGUGUUGGAUGCUCAUUUUGGACGGAUCAUACAACUGGAGCCGCUGACCAUUGGCAAUUGGAACAAUUUGGUGACUUCCUCUAUAGAUCGCUCGGUCAAGGUGUGGAACAUCAACAACAUAUUUGAAAAGGUUCACGUCAUUGAUCGGCAUGAGUUGCAAAUCGAUGAUAUCAGCCUCUCUGAGGUGGAUAUGGCCGUGACAGUCACACGCAGCUGCGUUGGUGUGUGGGAGACGCGCUCUGGUCGCCUACUUGCCAAGCUGGCUGACAGUCCGUUGGGCGCCAUUGUAACACAUGCGGAAAUCACUCCAGACGGACGCUACAUUAUCUCGUCGGAAACGGGCAAGUUUUUGAUUUGGAACCGCGUGUCCGAGCAGGUCGUUUAUCGCGAUGAUCAGCCGGGCAUACAGCAGAUAACGCUCAUGGAUUAUGGCUAUAAGGCGCUUACCGUGUCGGUACCCAACAUUAAUCACAGAGACAUUCUAGCAGGAUCCGAUGAAACGAAUCGCCUGACAGCCAUAACAACGGUUCGAUCGAUUCCGGAGGGGACAAUUUUGUUUCGCUUUGAUUUUCCCAUGCGCAUGGUAACGGGCAUGCCAUUUCGCCAAUCAGUUAUCACAGCUGACAAGGCAUAUAUCAUCGUGGUUACUUUGGACAAAUCUAAUAAGGAUUGCUUGGGCGUUUAUAGUGCAACAAAUGGCGCAUUCGUAACAAAAAUAUUGCUUAAAGGCUGUGCCAUUAAGGAGGUGUUCUCGCUGGUGCCCAUGCCUCACAAGGCUAACCAGGUGGCUGUGAUUAGCAGCGAGAAGGGCAGCAUUAUGGACAUCAAGAGCAAGAAGCAUGUGCGCUCCAUUGCCAAAUGGGGUGGCAGCCUCACCCGUGAUGGUAAAUGUGGAUUAUAUGCCCCAACGAGAGGAGGCUUGGAGAUGCUGGAGUUGCGCAAAGGCACCACAGUGAAAACCUUCAUACCAAAGGUGGCUGAGGGCGUCUUCUCAGUCAUUUGCAUAUUUACGGAGAAUGACGAAUAUGUGGCCUAUUAUCACAGCGGCAGGAAGACAAUUCGCGUAUUUCGUACCGCCGACACAGAGAUGAUUGCUAACUACAGACUACAAGCUGAACUGACAGCCAUUAAGAGCAGCAAAGAUGGGCGUGCUAUUGUGCUGGGCACAGUCGACGGUUGUAUGUCAGUGCUGGCCAUUGUGGACCCCAAAAACGAAGAAAUGAUUGAGUACCUAAAUGCGCUGCCGUCUCGUGACGAAAACUGGAAGGCCAAACUGGCCAAGAUGAAGGCACGCGUAGGCUUCAAGGCGGCCAUAAGAGUGGCUACCAUUUCCUCACGCUAUGCUAAGCCGAAGAAUGACGAUGGCGACGGGGAGGAUGAGGAGCUAACUGAAAUAACAGAGGACAUUGUGCCUGUGGCGGAUUAGAUGAAG